UGUUCGUCGCCCCGUCAGAGCUCCGCAACAUGUGCGUGUUUUCCAGGUUUCGUCUCUGGAGUCGUGGCUUUCCCUGCGCGCCAUGAACGUCACAUGGGGCCUGCUGACCGCCCUGAGUCUGCUGAGCGGCUCGGAGUCCUGGUGCUCCCCCACCACCUACUACCAGAACUGCUGGAUCCGGAGGUUCCCCGGGAUCUCCAUCGACCUGGAGGAGUCCCAGAGGAGAGGAGCGCAGCUGCUCAACUUCUACCAGGAGGAGACGGCGCUGAAAUGCAGCCGCACCUGCUGUCUGACCAAGAACUUUUCCUGCAAUCUGGCCGCCUUUCAGUACGAAACCACUCCAGAGAACCAGAACUGCUUCCAUCUGCACUGUCCCACGCUGGAGAGCUGCAUCCUGACGCACAGAGGCAACGUUGUUCUCUAUAACAUCACAAAGGGUGCAGAUCCGGAUCUGUUGGUGUUUGGAAAAUACUUCUCAUCAACUGUCCGUGUGUUACCCCAUCACUACACCCGGAUCAACGCCUCGGACGCCUUGCCUUCAGACAAACGCCAGUUCAUUCACCCCGCUCCUGCGGUGCUGCCGCCGACCUCUGCAGCCACGGUUCAGCCGUCUCCCUCAGCAGCCAUGCACGCCGGCACGGCCAAGGAAGACGCCACAACAGUUACUUCAACGGAAAAGACUCCAGCGACCUUAGGAAGGUGUGCUCAAACGACACGAGUCACAUCCGCUUCACCCUCUAUGUCAAACACGGUAACCUCCAGACUCCACCCGGAGACGUCUCCAGACUCCACAACAAUUACCCAAGCUCCCACUUCCACCCCUUCCCAUCGUUCCACCCUCACUCCCCCUCUGGUGACCAGCAGCCCCUCCACUUCUUUAGUUCUUACUCCCGGCUCUCAGGAUGCUAACGACACAACGGGCCGCCCGCACGGGAACCACACUGCAGGCGGCGAGGACGACCAGGGCGGGGAGGACGAGGAUGCGGAGCUCGGACCUGGAUGGCACAUGGCCGCUCACACUCUGCUGGUGGCGGUGGUCGUCUGUGUCACGGUGCUGCUGAGCUGCUGCUGCUCCAUUCUGCUGCUGGUGAGCUGGAAAGGUCAGAAGAAGAGGAUGGGCCGCUACCGCACGUCCUGGAGAGGGAAGAAAGGCUCCAUGCGCCUCAUCAAAUACGUGCUGGUCCGAGAGAGCUCCUGAGGGGGGAAACGGGCCCAAAAACAGAAGGACUUCUGGGUUUGAAAGAUUCAUCAAAUUGAUUUUCACUUAAAAAAAUCCAAUAACAGUUCAGAAGAGAAUUGUUCUACAUCUGAGAGGAUCUGACUCUACCAGAUCAGAGCAGACUUCACACACAACCGGAUGGUGGAAAACUGGGCAGAUAUAGAACUCAUCCAACUAGAAAAGAGUUUCACUAAAUUCAGUAAUAUUACUCUGAAGCUAUGAUCAUCAAGUCUUUCAUGAAUGGGAAUAGAGCUGGGAAAGAGAACCCGGAAUAAGAAUUACGAAAAUUGCACCCCUUUUAUAUUUUGGACCUAAACUCUUCCAUCUGUAAGUGGUGGAAAAAGAAGAGGAAGCCCCUCCCUGCUUGUCCAGUGUGAACACCACACGUUUAAGAGUGUUUUUGAAGUUGUGAGUACAUAGCUUGAGGGUGACGUACUUUUUAUACCAUGAGGGAGAAAACUGCUUUACUCUGAGGACAAUUUUACAGAAGAUCUGAUACUAUUUCUAAACUCAUUUUAUUUACACGAGAGGCCAUGGAACCCUGGGGGACCUGACAUUUUAAUGAGACUGCAAAACAAAUGAGCUGUUUUUACUCCAAACUUGUUGAUUUAUUCAACCUCCACGCUGCUAAACUUUAAUAAACAUUAGCCACUUGUCUGAUUACAAUUGAACUGUUUUCCUCGUGGUUUCAUCAUUAAACUGCUGGAUUACCAGAGAAAUCAAAUGUGGAGCAGAGAUUGAAACAGUAGAAGUGUUAAAUAACCUGCU